CUGUCACAUGCUAUUGAUGCCAAUAAUGAAAAUCCCUGUGGUUUAGCAUAUUGACCCGGGACCUCAUGACCCCUGUCCAUCAAUCACUAACGUGCUUUGGGUAAAAAUCCGAGGGAACACACAGCCUUUCUGACGUUUGUGGUAAACCUUCAGAUGAAUAGUAACGUGUUGUUGUGUGUUUUGCAGUGUGGUUGUCAGUACAGGUCUGCUGCCUCGUCCGUUAUGGAGGCUAGAACGUGAUCAAACACACAUUUGUGCACAAACCGACCUGUUCACCACCCUUUUCUAGCGGCUUAAAAAUGUUGACACCACGUGCAAAUGCGCUGCCAGGUAAAAAAAAAAAAAAAAAAAAAAAAAAAAAACUGCUCGUGCGCCGCAACUUACUGUACCUCUCUCCCCCUCUGCGCUCCUAUUUUCCCUGCGUGGUUUACCGUUCCGUGUGCGACCACGGAGGCAGCGCCACGCUACGCCGAGGAGAGCCCCACGCCGCCUGCUCCCGUUUAAUGAAUCCGUUAGGUUGUGAGCCCACCCACUUAUGAACUGGCUCGCUGCCUGAGGGUUUCCGGCUGGCGACUGGCGGGGACGGGGAGCUGUCAGGAGCUGUGGAAAAGUCCGCAAAAUCAACCUUUGGGGAGGCGCAUCGCGGCGACACGGGACGGAAAAUGAAGGAAACGGCGCUGAUCGAGACCGCUAAGAUGCAGGGCAACGUCCUGGAGCUGGUGGGCAGCAACCCUCCGCAGAGGAACUGGAAGGGAAUAGCGAUUGCCCUCCUUGUCAUUCUGGUCAUCUGCUCGCUGAUCGUCACCUCCGUCAUCUUGUUGACACCAGGUGAGGACAACCGUCUGGCUCUCAAGGGCAAAGUUAGCGUCGGAGACCUCUUCAGGAAAGACUUCAAGGUGCACGACCCCAACGCCAAAUGGAUAAGCAGUAAUGAGCUGCUGUACCGCAAUCGUGAAGGUGAUGUCAUCAAGUUCAACGUUGACACAGAUGAAAAAACUGUCUUGGUGCUUAACAAGAAGUUUGAAAUGUACAAAGCCAGCAAGUAUGAAGUGUCUCCCGACUUGAAGCAUGUGCUGCUGGCCUACAAUGUUGCACCGGUGUACCAGUAUUCCUACACGGCCUUCUACAUCAUCUGCAGUCUGAACACUUCGGAGACGUGGAACUUGAACCCGCCGGAGGUGCGAAAUGCUCAGCUGCAGUACGCAGGCUGGGGACCCAAGGGUCAGCAACUGAUCUUUAUUUUUGAAAACAACAUCUAUUAUCGCUCUACGGUGGAGAGUCGUUCCAUCCGCUUGGUCUCCACUGGAAAGGAGGGUGUCAUCUUUAACGGGCUCAGUGACUGGCUCUAUGAAGAGGAGGUAUUCCAUUCCCAUAUUGCACAUUGGUGGUCUCCAGAUGGCGCCAGGUUGGCAUAUGCCACCAUCAACGACACUCUGGUGCCCAGGAUGGAGCUGCCAAUGUUCACAGGCACACCCUACCCAAUGGGGAAGGAGUAUCACUACCCUAAGGCCGGAGAGGAGAACCCGGUCAUCACGCUGUACGUUGUCAACCUGAACGGGCCUCUUCACACCAUCGAGAUGAGGAGACCUGAUGAUCCCAGGAUAAGUGAAUAUUAUGUGACUAUGGUGAAAUGGGCCACGACCACCAAACUGGCCAUAAACUGGCUAAACAGAGCUCAGAACAUCUCGAUACUCACGCUGUGUGAGGCCACAACGGGAGUCUGCACUAAGAAACAUGAAGAUGAAAGUGAAGGGUGGCUGCACAGACAGAAUGAGAAGCCGCUGUUUUCCAAACAUGGCCUGAAGCUUUUCUUCACCCGAGCCAUUCCUCAAGGAGGCCGGGGGAAGUUCUUCCACAUCUCUAUGUCAAUAUCCCAGCCGAACACCAGCACAGACACGCUGCAGUCCAUCACUUCUGGAGACUGGGAUGUCACCCAGGUCUUGGCCUACAAUGAGGAGAGUCAACUGAUAUACUUCUUGAGCACUGAAGAUGGUCCUAAGAGAAGGCAUCUGUACAGCGCCGACACCUUUGGUUCAUUCAAUCGCAGAUGCUUGACGUGCGCCUUGUCCAGCAGCUGUGGUUACAUCGAUGGUUCUUUCAGCCACAACAUGAGCUACUUCCUGCUUAAGUGCCAAGGCCCAGACAUUCCCUUUGUAUCAGUUUACAAGACGCAGAGAGACGCAGAGAGUGAGACCCAAGACAGAGAAAGCAUCUCUGAAGUAUACAAACUUGAAAGCAAUGAAAACCUGAGGCUGAUUGUGGAAUCCAUGCAGAUGCCCACAGUGGAGUACAAGGAGAUCAACAUGGAGGAUUACACCUUGUCACUGCAGAUCCUCAAACCAGCCGGCUUCAUGGAAACGUCUAACUACCCGCUGCUCCUGCUCGUCGAUGGGACACCUGGUGGCCAGAUGGUGUCGGAGCAGUUUCAAAUGGACUGGUCCACAGUGCUGGUGAGCAGCUUUGGUGCCAUCGUGGUGCGCUGUGACGGACGAGGAAGCGGCUACCAGGGGACCAACCUCCUGCACUGGGUCCAGAAGAAACUGGGCCAGUUGGAGGAGCAGGACCAGAAGAAUGCACUCAAUUUUAUUUUGAAAGAGCCCUAUGUUGACAAAACAAGAGUUGGUGCUUUUGGAAAGGUGUAUGGGGGCUACGUGACCAGCCUUUUGGUGAGCGGUGAAGAUUCACCUGUAAAAUGUGGCGCUGUCCUGUCACCAAUUACUAACUUUGAAUUAUAUGCCUCAGCGUUUUCAGAGCGGUAUCUCGGACUUCCAAAACCUGAUGCGAGGGCGUACACAAUGGCAAAUUUAGAACAUAGAGCGUCUCAGUUCAUGGAUAAAAAGUUUCUUAUUAUACACCCAACAGCUGACGAAAAAGUACAUUUUCAACACACAGCUAAAUUCAUCACUCGGCUCAUAAAUGAAAAGGCCAACUACACUUUACAGAUCUACCCAGACGAAGGCCACUUCAUUCACAGUGAAGCAACACGGCAGCACCUCAGCCAGUCCCUGGUGAACUUCUUCGAGGAAUGCUUCAGGCUACCAGAGCGAGUGUUCGAAGAGGCUCUGGAGGAAGAGAGUGAAGAUGAGGGUUAGUUGGCGCAAGCCCCGACGCUCACCUACCAAACCGCCAUCAUGUCCCUGCACCCAAGCGCAACACUGGAGUUCAGUUGUCCACAAUACGCACCUCAUCUGUUCUCGCUACCUUUGUUUUGGUUCGGCUUGCCACAUCUGGACUCCCAUCGUCUGCAAGCGGAACGGGAAACUGCCGUUCCAGACGACAACGGGUCAAAUCCCACAUCGAUCGAUCCUCCCCUCCUCGAUUUCUGUCCGAAACAGAUCCAACAAAAACUGAUGACUUGAUAUAUUGUUCUGGAACAUACUGAUUUUACAGCAGGAUGGAUCAGCUCCUCGAAAGCAGUGGAGGGGGAUCCUCGCCUCUCGCACGGACUUUCACGCUGUAAGGAGGAGCGGCGUCUUAAUAGCACACUCGUGGGCUUGCAUAUCCAUGACAUCAGGUGAAAAACGCUGCCUGCCGUUUCCCAGGGAUGUCUGGAGUUGUGCGCAUACGAAACGUUACUAUUUUUAAAGUUGUGAAGAACUUUUCAUGUUGGACUGUGGUUGUGUCAGUUGUUCUUACAUGUAAAAUAGCACACAAACAUUCAGCUGUUACAGAGAUUUUCUUUGCCCUGAUGUUGGUUUCAUCUUGUAGCUUCAUUUUGUGUUUCAGUAGCUGCUGAAUAACUGGUUAAAUGGUCGGAAGAAAGUCAAUAACAUUUGUUUCUUAAUAUUCUGGUAAAAAAUAUCCACUUAUUUUAGUCACUGUGCCUUACUUUGUCAGACAACAUCCUGCUGCGGGACUGCAUUAAGAAAUAGAGCAAGCUCAUUUUGUUACAGCCGCUGAUGAGCUUGGUAAAACACGCCAGUAUUAGCAGUUCUUCUCAACUACCAUCUCAAUGCUAAGCUAAGCAGUUGCUAGUUAAAUUAAUAUUCAACAAAUGAGUUGUUGUUCUUUUUUUAUUUAACUCCAAAGAAAUCACAAACUCAUUUCUAAAAUUUUACAGCUGUAGCUUCAAAUUAGAUAACACAAUGACAGCUAGAUUUAAAAAAAGUGAUUUAAGAGUAUUAGUUUUUUAAAUAACACUUCAUGGAAAUGUACCCAAUGACAUUGUUAUAGAUCUAAAAUGUACAGAAUCUGCAUGCACCAUUGCUUCUCAAACUACAGUAGUACAGGUGAAAUUUUGGCUCAAAGACACCCUCAAACAGCAGUAACACCUCGAUAUUCUAGGUGACCAUCAGAGGAGAUAUGGAGGUAUGCAACACGGCACAUCAUCAUAAAUGCAGCAUCCCACCUACAGUGGAGUAGCAACUACAGUAAUUAUAACACUAUCAUCCCAGGAGCCAAAUCAGAAAUAGUCUCACAUUGUUAAGGUUCCUGUGUGAAGUCAAACCCUACACUUUUAUCCAAUUAAGAUUUGUUCCACCCUCCAUCCAGCUCAACAGUGAAGACAAUGUGCAGCUGUCCAAUGCUGACCAAGUGCAUAUAUAGGCACCUUAGAAAUAACAUUUGUAUAUAGGGAAUCAUGGUAUUAGUUAAAGUGCAAGUCAAUGAAUACAAAAUUAUUUACUUGAGGCACAACUCUUUUUUUUUUUUCUUGAAUGCCAUUUGUGCUACAUUUCAGUGCAUGUUACGAGGUUAUUUGCAGCACUAGCCCCGAUAGCUCAGCGCCACAUGGUAAUUUUGACAUCUUGAAUGUUCCUUACUGGAUUGCAUAAAUUACAUUUCCAGUAGUAUUGUGAUUACCAUCUCAGUCUCGUCAGCUUGAUGUGUAAAUGUUAUUCAAAUAUAAUUUUAUUCUAAAAAGGAAAAAAAACCAAUGUUAACUGAGUGUUAUUUGUGCAUUAAGGAUUUUGGACGUUACAUUUGACUAUUAAUUUCUGUUCUCCUGUUGCUGUCCUUGAAAUGAGUUGGAUGUGGACUUUAUAAAUGCCAAUGGCAACAGUGAACUUUCCUGCCACUGGAUACGGACUUUUUCCAAGAUGCUCAACUUUGUUAUCCAAAGUAUAAACAGAGAUUAACGACAGAUUGUGGCAUGAAGGUAAAUGUUAGAAUAAAAAAAUAGAUAUUUUAUCAUC